AUGAUGUUCGUUGGUAGGGACAUUGCACUGGUCAUUGCUAUUGGCCUGUCCCUCGAGAGUCCCCCGCAAGAACUCUUUACUACAUACACAACCCUAGAACUCAAAGCCGGGGAAGCAAGAAUGUAUAAGGCCAUUGCAAGUAUGAUGGACAUGCGUGACUGGCCUGACUAG